AAAAUAGGAAAAGUACAAUUCCUCACAUUCCAAAGUAGGUAUAUAAAUAGGUAUCAUCAGUGUCUUUGUCGGUAUUUGCUGGAGUGUCUUAGAGGUAUUUUCAAUAAAGAAUUUCGAAAACUCAUUGAAAUUAUUGAAAAUGGCCGAUCCAGGGUCAACAUGGGCAAGUGAUAGAAAAGAAACCAUAAAGGAACUUCGACAACUUGGGGAGAACAUGAAUGAACAUGCUAAGAACGCGAAAAUUGCAAGUGCUAUCGGGGGUGGAACAAGUUUUGCAGCCCGUUUGGGUGCGGCUGCAUGUUAUAUUGCAGCACCUUUCACGUUUGGUGCAACCCUUGCUCCUGCAGUUGUACUUACAGGAGCAGCUGUUGCUGGGGGUAUAACAUCAAUUGGCGCAACCAUCACCAAUCAUUUUAUAGAGAAAGGUUAUAUCGGAAGAGUACAGGAAGCUCUUGAUAAAGACAGAUCAUCGUUUAAUGCACUGAAGAAGGCUAUUGAUAAGGCUAGGGAGAUAUCGUUAGCAGAAGGAAUAGAGAGUGAUGUAAAGAUAGGAAAGAGCAUUCUCGGUGAACUCAAAUUUGAGACAACCGUAGCUCGUAUGCUUGUUUUGCCUGAAGAAGCCGCAGCCACUCUCUUAAGGCUUGGACAGACUGCUCGCUUUGUUGGCCACGCUUUUGCUAUGGUAGCUCUGCCGCUAGAUGUCUUGUUUUUUGUUAAAGAUGUUUGAUUUGUCAAAAGGAAAUGUUUCCGAGGCUGCUAAAAAGGUUAUGGAGCUAGCUGAUGAGUUAGAAAAAGAACUUGAAAAUAUUAUGGCUGACGCAUAGAUAAAAGCAUACUGUCGAUCUUAUAUUGAAAAUAACAUAUCACUAUAUGUAACAACGAAUAACACUAUCAUUAUAAAGAAAAAAGAUGUUGGUUUUUUAAUGAUUUUUAAAACAUUUUUUUUUCCACAAAAAAGGUUAAGAAAUAAACAUAAUUUACUUUCUAAACUUUUUUUGUUGAUUUAAUUAUACUACCACUUAAAAGCAUAAAGCAUACUGUGGUAAGGUCUGUCAGGACGCCCUGGCCAACAUCUUAAAUAUAUUUUAUCACCUUCAUUCCGUCCAUGAUGUUAGUUUAAAAAAAGGAAACCGGUUUGUACUGAUUUAUAUGGCCAGUGCAACAAAAAAUAUCACAGAAAAGGCCAAAUCCAAACGUUGUAUUUCUAUCAUUUCUAAAAAUUAUCCGUAAACAUAGCAUUUCUCUUAAAAGACAUUUAUUAUUUUUUGUUCCUUUUUUUUUGGGGGGGGGGGGGGUUAAUAUUUUGUACUUAUGAAAAAUAGUUUUAUAUUGCUUGUAGGUUUCUUUAAUUUUUUAUCAAACAUUGUUGUUUAACGUCAGUAUAUAUAGAAAUUUACAUCUAAGCCUUAGGCAUAAUAGAUAUGAGUUUAUUACUCAUAAUACUGAAUUUAACUGCUUAUUUCACUAAUGGCUUACUUUGUAUAUAAAUACAUGUUUAGAUAUAAUUAUAAUUUUUUUUAAAACAUUAUAAGUAAUCAAAAAAUAAAUUGUAAUUAUAUCAAUUGCUUGAUUGUAUGACAUACCCAAACAGAUUACGUUGAACUGUGUUUUAGAAUAUCUUAUCGCUUAAAUUUGUGACACACAUAUAUUCACCAAGCACUAUUUGUAAAAAGGAGAUGUUAAUUAUCAAUAAUAAUUUACACCAUUAAGAUUCACUAAAUUUUAUGUUUAUAGUGAAAUAUGUAGUGUGACGGAAACGUACUUUUAGAAACAAAAUAAGAGACUAUGUGGAACAUAUAAUUUGAAAUUUUGAACCAUGUUUUGAUGUGGGUCUAUAUGUAAAAGCAAUGAAUGAAGUUUGUGUAAUUUUUGGAAUAUUUGUUUCAACGAAUUAAAGAAAAGUUAGGUUGA